AUGCUUAACAUCGCUCGCAAGACCCUCAACCGUGUGCCCAGCUUCCAGGAUAUCCUCCAAGGCAGGAUGAGCCACCCCGACAUUUCCGUUGACGUUCUCGUCAUUGGCGCCGGUCCUACCGGCCUGGGCGCUGCAAAGCGUCUCAACCAGAUUGACGGCCCAUCAUGGCUCAUUGUCGACGCCAACGAGACUCCUGGUGGUCUUGCCUCGACUGAUGUCACUCCGGAAGGCUUCUUGUACGAUGUCGGUGGUCACGUCAUCUUCUCUCACUACAAGUACUUCGAUGACUGCAUUGACGAGGCUCUCCCCAAGCCCGACGACUGGUACACCCACCAGCGUAUCUCCUACGUCCGCUGCCAGGGCGAAUGGGUUCCUUACCCCUUCCAGAACAACAUCUCCAUGCUUCCCAAGGCCGAGCAGGUGCGCUGCAUCGAAGGCAUGAUCGAUGCCGCCCUCGAGGCCCGCGUCGCCAACGUCAAGCCCAAGACCUUUGACGAGUGGAUUCUGCGCCAGAUGGGUGUUGGUCUGGCCGACCUCUUCAUGAGACCCUACAACUUCAAGGUCUGGGCCGUUCCCACCACCAAGAUGCAAUGCUCGUGGCUCGGUGAGCGUGUCGCCGCUCCCAACGUCAAGGCUGUCACUUCCAACGUCAUCCUGAACAAGACUGCCGGAAACUGGGGUCCCAACGCGACCUUCCGUUUCCCCGCCCGCGGCGGUACCGGUGGUAUCUGGAUUGCCGUUGCCGACACUCUCCCCAAGGAGAACACCCGCUACGGCGAGCACGGCAAGGUCACCAAGGUCAACUCUGGCGCCAAGGUCGUCACUCUCGGUGAUGGUACCACUGUCGGUUACGAGAAGCUCGUGUCGACCAUGGCUGUCGACGGCUUGAUUGACCAGCUCGGCGACAAGGACCUUAUCGAGGACAAGAAGGACCUCUUCUACUCUUCCACCCACGUUAUCGGUGUCGGUAUCCGUGGAGAGCGCCCCGAGCGCAUUGGCGACAAGUGCUGGCUCUACUUCCCCGAGGACAACUGUCCCUUCUACCGUGCCACCAUCUUCUCCAACUACUCGCCACACAACCAGCCCGAGGCCUCCAAGCAGCUGCCCACUCUCCAGCUCGCUGACGGCUCCAAGCCCGCCGACAGCAGCGCCAAGCCUGGUCCCUACUGGUCGAUCAUGUUGGAAACCUCCGAGUCUUCCUACAAGCCCGUCGACCUGGAGAACGUCAUCAAGGACUCUAUCCAGGGUCUCGUCAACACCGAGAUGCUCAAGCCCGGUGACGAGAUUGUCUCUACCUACCACCGCCGCUUCGACCACGGUUACCCCACCCCCUCUCUGGAGCGUGAGGGUGCCCUGACCAAGAUCCUGCCCAAGCUCCAGGAGAAGGGCAUCUGGUCCCGUGGCCGUUUCGGUAGCUGGCGCUACGAGGUCGGCAACCAGGACCACUCGUUCAUGCUCGGUGUCGAGGCUGUCGACAACAUUGUCAACGGUUCCGUUGAGCUGACCCUCAACUACCCCGACUUUGUCAACGGCCGACAGAACACCGAGCGCCGUCUGGUCGAUGGUGCCCAGGUUUUCUCCAAGAAGAAGUAA